GCUGUGAUAACUGACAUAGAUAUUGAAUAUAGUCAACCGUCAGAGUUUUCUGUUAUUAUAUUCUAUACAAGAACGACGAUAGUUCAGUCACUCUCUAUCUAUGGUCAGUGCUGGUCUUUAUAAUGAUUUCUUCAGCUCUCUUUUUCCUGGCUGUUACAGUUAUUCAUAUUACUGACAGUCAUCGGGAUUUUGGAUAUUCUGGAAUAAAUGGUCCUUCAUAUUGGGGUAAGGAUUUUACGACAUGUGUUGGAAAGCAUCAAUCUCCAAUCAAUAUAGAAGAACAUCAAGUAAGAAAUAUCACUUUGCCACCUUUGAUAUUUUCUGGACUCCAUAAUCCACGUAUGGCAGAGAUAACAAACAACGGACAUACUGUUAUGGUGGUAAUGGACGAAAAUAUUCCGGCACGUGUUUUUGGAGGACCGCUUAAUGACACUUAUAUUUUUGAGCAAAUGCAUUUUCAUUGGGGAGAAAAAGAUACAGAGGGUUCUGAAGAUUUAAUAAAUAAUCAUUCUUUUGCUAUGGAACUUCAUGCAGUUUUUUUUAAAGAACAAUAUAAAUCAAUGACAGAAGCUGUACAUCACAGUGAUGGAGUUACAGUGCUUGCUUACUUCUUUGAGGUUGACAAAAAACCAAAUUUAAUAUACGAUGAAAUUAUUUCAAUUUUACCAGACGUAGAAAGUUUAGAUUCAAAAAGUCAAUUUACAUCUCCUUUACAACUUAGUGAAUUUCUUCAACCAAAAACUGUAAAUCUAGAAAAUUAUUUUACAUAUACUGGAUCACUUACAACUCCUCCUUGUGCUGAAGUUGUCACGUGGAUUGAUUUCAAAGAACCGCUUCAAUUAUCUCAUAAUCAAAUUGAACAUUUCCGAAGGGUCAGAAAUACUGCAGGACAAAAAUUAACACAUAAUUUUCGACCAGUUCAACCUCUAGAAGAUAGAAUAGUUUGUCAUAAUAUUCCUUUAGAUGAUAUGAAUUUUGAUGAUAAUUUUAAAAGUGAAAAUUAUGUGCAUUCAGGUGAAUAUAGUAUUAAUGUAAAUAAAGUAAUUAUUUUUCUUUCUAUCAUUAUUAAUUUAAAAUUAAAAUUUAGUUAAUGUAAUUCAAUAAUAUUAUUAACAUAUUUUUAAUUUUGUUGUUAAUGUUUCAAUAAAAAUCAUACUAUAUAGAUAUA